AUAUGGCAAAUAGUACCCUCCCUUUCUCGCAUCUCAUUAACUGAGUCCCGUCGUAGCUCUAGGUGAAGCUGCCUCUCUCUGCCAUACUGAAGCAGGUGUCCAACAUGGCGAACACUGGCAGCGGCUCUCUCGCGACUAUUCUCUUUUUAUUCAUGUUUCAAGCGGCUCUUCUUAAAGUGGUGAGUCAGAACCUGGUAACAGACAAUGUGUCGGUGGUGGAGGGCGAGAUGGCGAUCAUCAGCUGUCGGGUGAAGAACAAUGACGACUCCGUUAUCCAGUUGCUCAACCCCAACAGACAGACAAUUUACUUCAGAGACAUGAGACCACUGAAAGACGCUCGCUUUCAGCUGGUGAACUUCUCAGACAACGAGCUGCGGGUGUCGUUUUCAAAUGUCUCACUCUCAGACGAGGGUCGAUAUGUUUGCCAGCUCUACACAGACCCCCCGCAGGAAGCCUACGCUGACAUCACCGUGCUAGUUCCUCCUGGUAACCCCAUCAUCGAGGCGCGGGAUGAGGUCCUGAGCGAGGGCAACGAGACAGAGAUGACCUGCACUGCCAUGAGCAGUAAGCCUGCCGCUACCAUCAAAUGGAUGAAGGGAGAUAAAGAGCUUCCAGGCAAGCCCAGAGUUGAGCUGACCUACGACAAGAUGUACACAGUAACCAGCCGGCUGACAUUCAUUGUUAGUAAGGAGGACGAUGGUGUACCAGUGGCUUGCAUCGUAGAUCACCCUGCAGUCAAGGACUUCCAAGCACAGAAAUACCUGGAGGUCCAGUACAAACCAGAGGUAAAGAUCGUGGUAGAAUUUCCUCAGGGUCUGACCAGGGAAGGAGAGAACCUGGAACUGACGUGUCAGGCCAAAGGCAAACCCCAGCCACAGCGGGUGAACUGGGUGAAAGUAGAUGACGAUGUGCCAUCCCAUGCUGUCAUCACCGGCGGUGAUCUUUACAUCGAAAACCUAAACAAGUCCUACAACGGAACCUACCGCUGUGUGGCCUCCAACACAGUCGGGGAGUCUUUCGACGACUACAUCCUCUACGUCUAUGAUGCUCCCACCACUACCCCUAUACCCACCACAGCCACAACCACUACCACCACCAUCACCACCACCACCACCAUCUCCUUCCCUGAAGCCAAUCAAGACACUGCGCCCAGCACUGAACCUGCAGCUCAUGAUUCACGAGCUGGAGAAGGAGCACCCAGAACGGUGGACCAUGCAGUGAUUGGAGGAGUGGUGGCCGUGGUCGUCUUCGCCAUGCUUUGUCUACUCAUCGUCUUGGGGCGCUACUUUGCAAGACACAAAGGUACCUACUUCACACACGAAGCCAAAGGAGCAGACGAUGCAGCGGACGCAGAUACAGCCAUCAUCAACGCAGAGGGUGGCCACACCAACUCGGACGAAAAGAAAGAGUACUACAUCUAAUCAAAGCAGGACCCCUCACUCUAGUGUCCUCUUUGGGACACAGAGCUGUUUUUGGGGCUGGGGCAGAUGGAGAGGGGGGUUUGAUGGAGGGAUUUAAAUUUGGUUCAGUAUCAGAGUAGAGGGGUCGAGGAGUAGAAAAGAGAUGGGGUUUUAAAGACAGGCCUGGUUUUAAACCGUUGUUUAGUCUAGUCUGCAGAUGUAGAUGGAAUGUUUUGUGUGUAAAAAAAAAAAAAAAAUCAAAAAAGGACAAAAAUGGGAGGGUUUGGGUUAUCGGUAAACUGAGAAGGGGAUGGGGUUGGGGGUGGGAAGGGUGUGCCAGACGUUGCCAGAAAUCACUGUAGAGAGCUUCACCAUUCGACACCUUCCUCCCUAACUGCUGGUACGAAUUUUAUUUAGUUCAACCAUUUGCAGAAAAUUCUGUGCCUUGUUCUAUCCAUACUUUGGAUUUGUGUUGAUCCUCAUUUGCAUAACCUUGUUGCUCCCCUUUUUCCUGUUUCAUCUUUCCCACUCGUAAUCAUCAAUGUGCUGUUGGCUUUUGUAUGAGGGUAAAAUUACACAACCACUUUAUUCAUUUCGCUAAAUGUGUCUGCACACACGUGUCCUCUACUGCAUAACAAAACUCCUUCCAGUAUGCUGUGAUUUGUCUCAAGCCACUUCCCCUACUCUUUUUUUUCCCCUGAAGUUUUGACAGCUCCAAAAAUGCAUGGAAUGCUUUACAUAUCAUUGUACAAAGGACAUAAAUGAGAAACAGGUUUGAUGUACUGUAUAUGCUCUUUCUGGUCUCUCCUAAACACAACCACAUUCAAAACAUAUUCAAAAAAGAAGGCGGCAAAGGAUAAUAUAAAAUUAUUUUAUUGGGCCUAUUCCAUUUUUUUUUUUUUUUUUGUUCUUCAGAGCAGAUUUACUGCUGCCUCUUAAACAAUUACCUUUCUCAGUAAAGAGAAGUGGUACAUUAUUUGUCCUCACUGCGCUGCCAUUUCAUUAUUUUGAAUUCUUCCUCUGCUCAGUGCUAUUUUUCUUCUAUGAGUCUGAAUGGUUAGAUCUCUGUUUCCCCACCAGCUUUUAUUGAGUUGUGGUGAUGUGUUAAUGAUGAGAUUCAACUGAUUUCCAUCUGCUCUUACUCUAGAAUAUGUUUCUUACCAAUGGGAAAGUAAGAAAAUUAAAUUGUUUUUUGGCAGACUCUAAGUCAAGAUGUCUCGGUAAUAAAUGGCUGUUGAAAAAAUAUUUGGUAUUAACAUUGGCCAACCAGCAGCCAAAAGAUGCUGGUAACAUAACCGAAAAGAGAAACAGCCUUAACCAAACUCCAAACUGUAACAACCGUUCUCACCCCACAUCAAAUACGGCAGCUUGGUCAGUGGCCCUCAGCAUCUCAUACCCACAUACAAGGCACCCUUUAGCAUAUGUCUGAGACGCACCGGGCUUUCAACUGCUCGGCCGCGGCGCAGUGAGAUGACGUAGUAUAAAGAGGGAAAAAGUCUACAUAGGGAAGAUAAUAAUAAAAAAGCAACAAAGUCCACGUAGGGAGGAGGUCAGGGUGGAUGGAUGGGUUAAACAAACAGGACUUUCACCCAGGAGACCGCUGUUCGUGUCCCAUGUGAAACCAAAAGUUGGGAGUAACUGGGUAAUAAGUCAACGGUUGACUUAUUAACUUACGUAAGUGAAGUUACAUACAUAACAUACUAAUGUGAAGUACGUAAUUUACGUAACAGGCGUACUUAUUUUAAUCCAAACCAUUGUCUUUUCCCUCAAUCUAACCUACAUACUUUUGUUGCCUAAACCUAGUCUCGCAUUGCCAGACCUUCUUCCACUGCACUGCGAUAUAGACUAGCCUAAACCUAACCCCUGCAUGUUGAAAGAUGAUACCAAAGGGGUACCCAAAGCGUUAAAAUAGUAAUGCCAAGGGGUCCUGGCUAAGCAACUGUAUGUGUUGAGAUGGGAGUGAUAAUGUGUUGACUGAAACACGUUUAAAUGUAUUUACGGAAUACAUAAGCUGCACAAAACAUCCUCCCUACAGUGUGUUUAUCUCACAGACACACAAUACAAUGUAAAUCAAGCCAAUGAAAUCACAGCUGUAUUGUACACUAAUCCUUACUAAGAAAUAUUUUUUACAACCUACUAGAAUUACAAUGGAGUACCUUUGUGGAUUUCAUUGUGUCACACUCAUUGUGAGUUUUUUCAAAAUGUAAAACAAGCCAAUGUUGGGGUAAGUACAUGUCUUCAAACUGAAAUGUUUUGAGAGACAGGCCAGUCUUUCCGCUUACAUUACACCUUUUGAAUAUAUUUUGCUUUGGUGCAGCAGCUUGAGUGCGUAAACAAUUGAUAGCUUAUUGCAUGAGUGUAUGUGCUAAAACACAUUCUUUUUGUUUCUCUAUCUUGCUUUAUGUAUCACCUGCCAAAACUGUAUGAUGAUCUGUUUUGCUGUGCCAGCUGGGGAGUUCUGAGGAAUGCCAAAAGUUUGUAACUGAACGUAUGUUGUGCACCAUGAUGGUAAUCCAUACGUAACAAUAAUGCCCUGGCUUGAUGGUCUCUUCAUGGCAUUUUUUGUUAAAAUUAUGUUUUCACACAGCAAGCAGCUUGCUAAAUGAGUCCUUACUCUACUGUAUAUAACAGCUGUGGGUGGAUUUAGGUGGAGGUCUAGGUUGCAGUGUACACCUUCAAAGUGUUGAACAGGCUUUAUGUGCCAUGAUAUUACAUCAUUUUGAACAUUUUAUCAACGCAAAUGAUAAACUUAUCAUUAAACCCAACAGUGGCUGCAACCAUUCCUCAAGUAUUAUUUUUUUAAGGCACCUAUUCCUGCGGUAAAAAGCUAGAAUCAAUUGGACAAACAAAAACUAAAUCAAAUCAGUAGAGAAAACUUUUUAAAUGAGUUCCCUGAUGAUGGCAACUUAUCUUGUACAGUCAAAUCAGAAGUGAAAUUUUACAAAUUUUAUUGCAGCACAAAUUCAAAACUUGCAAUGUUAAUGAAAUACAAAAUUCAUUUUUAGAGAUUCAGGAAAUACAUCUUACAUCAAUAACAGUGAGUUUAAACAUUGCAUAUCAAACGUUGAUAGGUGUCAUUUAAUGUAUUGAUAUAGUUUGCAUGCAUAUCAAUAAGCAACUAGGCAUAAGUACCAUGUUACAGCUAAGUCGUAAGAAUUACUGUUUCAUUGUGAGUGUCCAAACUUAGUCAUCAUGAUUAUUUUUUAUAAUUGUAUUGUAACUCCGUUAAGUUCUACAGGUAUAGCUAUUUUCAAUACAAAUGUGCACCUUAAAAAACACCUGCUAAUGAAGAAAUACAUUUGCAAAUUUCACAACAUAUACACCUGUACAUGGCAUAAAAAAGCACACUGUAAAUACAGGUAAAGAAGUUCUGCAAGUCGUACAGAACGCAAUGGAAAUUUCUAAGGGGACACUAAAGACUGAUGAACUUGUCAGUGGAAAUUAGUCUUAAACGUUUAUUUUAGUUUUAACAUUUGGAAUAUUUAUUGCCGAUAUUAUUGGAGGUACUGCUAUACACCCACUAGUUUAAGCCUACUGAUUAGGUACUAGCAUGUUCAUCCAUUUCCUUGUUCCCCAGAAAUGACUUUUGUUUUGUAGUUCUGGCAGUGUUUCUGUAUUUUAUUGUGUUUUCUGUAUUUCUAGCUUGCCUUUAUGGUUUGUAUGUGUUGUUAGAUUUGUGAAUGUGCUUCUUAAUUUGCUUGUGUUUUUGUUGUUUGAUGCCCUUUUUCUUGCAAGAGUGGUAAAGAUAUUUUCUUCAUUUGCUUGCUUUUCUUAAGUUGCCCAAUGUUGAACUCUAUUCACCAUUGUACUUUUUGCUCUACCAGUAACCUCAGAUUUCACUUGAGACUUUUGGUUUUCCAUUAUACCAAACAGGUUUUAAUUGUAUCUAUAUGAUAUAUAUCAACAUCAAUCAUAUCUAAUGAUAAAACAUACUCACUGUUUAUUAAUAUGCCACUAGACGUCAUUGGGACUUAAUGUUGUUGCUUGCUGUGUGGACACUCAUAUCCAAGAUUCAAUACUUUAUUGCCAUGUUAACACAUUUGAUUGGAAUUUUUCAAUGUGCAGCUCAGAUUGCAACACAUUAACAGUGUGAUAGCUUUAAUAUAUCAUAAUCAUGCAUGAAAACAGCAUUCAGUCUCUCCAUAUUGAGAUUGGGGUUUUGGGGGUCAUCCAAAGGGAGAUGAGAAGGUUCUUGUGAAGUGCAUUACGCAAAUUUCCCUCUCCUGAGCAUAAAGCAUCUGUGCAUUUUAAAAGUCGUUUGGUAUUGUAUUGCUUUUAGAAGACAGCCAGAGGGCCGGGUGGGAGCUGCGGACAGAUUUUUAGCUUUUCCAUUGGUUAUGGCAGUUGUUGAUGGGGACUACUGGAGUGAUGUUGCAGACAAAGAUCAAAGAUGCUGUGUCACUCCAACUGUUAAUUUUUCUGUUAAAACUUGAGUUGAUUGAAAGUUCUGUACUCACAAAAGAAUCACCACUAAGUUAACACUGUAUGCUGAUGACACUGUUUUGUGUUUGUUAAGUGGAUGGGAGGGGGUGGGGAAGGGUUCAGACUAGGUUUGAUGUUUUACAGUCUGGUGUCUGAUAAAACUAUUAACUGACUUGUUAUUGUUGCUUUAUAAAUCCCAGUGCAGAUGCCACUUCAUCUGCAAGACUGAGAUUGUGUGAUUUGUUUUUUUUACAGUGAGCACUAUUUCGCUUCAGUGACAUGUGGCAGCUUCCAUUUAAAUCAGACUUCAAAAUAUGUCUUGCCAAUAAAGGAAUAUAACUGAAUAUUGUCUUCUCCCUUAAGGCUGAUGCAUUAAUAUUUUAUUUGUGCAUAUUAAAUAUGUUGUGUGUUGGAAUAGCAGAAGUGUUCUCCAAAAUGUUUUACCUACUGUACUAUAAUUUUGCUCUCCCAAAGUUCCCAUAUAAAAUGUACCAUGAGCAAAACAACAUAAAAACAACAUCCAAGUAGGUUUGACGAGGAUUGAAUUUGAAAUAAAUAGCAAAAUUAUAUUUUAGGUUACUGUAUGUAUCAUUUUAUUUUCUAUGAAAUGCCCAGUAAAGUAAAAAAUGGUCUUACAGUGUAACUGGUGUAGUUUUCUCCACAUUAAAUUCUUUUGAUAAAGUCAUGUCUCUAGUUCAUGCGUUGCUGACCGAUGUGACUGCAUCUCAGGUAGAAUGCAAAGUUUAGGCCCCACCAAUGACAUUAAAGCAAGUACAAUGCAUCCUCAUUGAAUCAGUUGCAACACAUUAUUUUGGAUCCAAGAGGCAAAAUUGGUGGCAUUUUGCAUAUGUGUUGUACAUGUUUUCUGUAUUUUUCUUAAUAUUUGGUGCACUGUAAAAUAUGUGUUUAGUAUUGCUUUGUGUUUACAUAGGUCAUAAAGAGUACACUGUUUAUUGGAAUGAAGCAGAAUCAGAAGCUUGUUGUGGCUGUACUACUACUGUCACUUUCAACGCACCACCGCCUUUGGAAGCACGUUUGAUUCCUGAAAGGUUUUGAUUGUGUCACCAGUCAUUGUUUUUUAGAUUCAUUCUUUUUGUCUCUCUGCUGUUAUUGGGAAAUGUUUAUGUGUAUUGAUGGAGAAAAGGAGUUCCACAUUCCCAUACACAUUUUGUAUUGGUUCAUAAAUAGACAUUUUUACAAAACAAUGAAGAGUUCUUGUCUUAAUAAAAAAAA